CUGAAAUGAGGUGCAAAAGGUCACUGAUAUUGGAUGUUCAUAGCCUGUUGCGUCUACUAUUUUCACACAACCAAGUGCGGUUAACUGCAUGGAAGUGGGUCCCACAGAAUCCUGCUGCCUCCGUAGAAUUGCCAACACUUCGUCCAUGUCGUGUCGAUUUUGCAUUUGAGAUGACAACGAAUAAUCCGCCAGAUAAUGGUCUAUUUCGGUGGAGCAUCCAGUGAUAUCUUGUGUAACAGAUGCGUAUGCGAGACCACGCUUGCCCAACUGUGUUACUUUGGCAUGCAUGUCUAGCAGCAUCCCAAUUAUGGCUUUCCUCCGGUGUUGUUCAAAGGGAUCCUGGGGGGUCGGGGCGUUGCACAGAUAACAGCUUAGUUGUUGAAGUCGUAAGGUCAGGCGAUCUAAGUCUGCCUUAUUCUGAGUACGUCUAUCUAUGGCUUGAAGGAUUGUCAACAAUCCACCAAUAACAGCUUGGAUCGGAGAACCGACAACUGGAAUUGCAGAUGUAACGCCCUGGACGAAAGGACCAACUGUCUGAACGACGUCAGAAAUUGUGCGGGCGGAAUUGCCAUGGGAGGCUGUAGCGGAGGAAAUAUUGAUGGAGAACUCGAGGCUUGGAUUCCCCGCCAGAGAACCAGGGUGCACUAGUAGUGAUGAAUUCCAAUGGAGAGUGGAUGAAGAAACGGAAAACUCACUGGGAAUAUCUGCAGAGAUGGAGUCAUUGUCUUCAUGGUGGGUUGUCGAGCUGUACUGUGUGCGUCUGUUCUUUGUG